UAGUGCUAAAUUAGUAUAAGAUAAUCCGUGUAGGAAUAGGUACGCAUUCUUGCCCCGCGCCAAACGCUCCCUCUUCUCCCAACUACACCUCAAUCCCACCCCCAAUUUCAGAGAUUUUUGUUUUUGUCCUGGUUUCGUCUCCAAAUCCUGACGAUUAAAACCCUAAUUUUGAAGAAAUGGGGAGUAGCGGGGGCAGCGAUGUGGAGGCGGGGUUCGCGAAGCUACAAGGUGAAGACUUCGAAUACUAUAUGCAGACCUAUUCUAUAAUUCUCGGCCGCAAUUCAAAGAAAUCUUCGGUGGAUGUAGACCUCUCCUCUCUUGGCGGCGGGAUGAACAUCAGCCGCCACCACGCCCGCAUUUUCUACGACUUUCAACGGCGUCGUUUCGCUCUCGAGGUGCUCGGCAAGAACGGCUGCUUUGUCGAGGGCGUCCUCCACCUCCCUGGCAACCCCCCGGUGAAGCUCGAUUCGCAGGACCUUUUACAAAUUGGUGACAAAGAAUUCUACUUUUUGUUGCCUGUUAGGAGCAUUCUCGGCGGGCCAAUUGGUCCUAGGCAUCACGUGAGUAAUUAUCAGAUGGGUGGUUCUGCUCAUCAGUAUCAUCAUGCUGCUCAGAGUCAGCAGCAGCAUCAUUUGGGGUUGCCUCCACCCCCGGCCCCCGGUGGCGGAACGGUGGGGUAUGGGAAGAAGGGAAGAACCAGAGGGGAAUAUUAUGAGGAUGAGUAUAAUGAGGAUGAUGGCGGGGAGGAUGGGUCGUCGGGAGCGAAGAAAAUGAGGAGGGGCGAUGGGGUUGAUGGCUCGGGUAGUGGUGGUUAUGGGUAUGGUUCUGGUGGGAAAGCAGGGGCCUCAGGGCAAAUGGAAAAAAAGGGUGAUGCAAGAUCACGUGCAGACAGGGAAGCUGACAACCAGCAGCUCCUUCAGUUAGAGGAAAAGGAUGUCGUAUCAUCAGUAGCAACAGUGCUGUCUGAUUUAUGUGGUCCCGGAGAAUGGAUGCCCAUGGAGAAACUUCAUUCCGAGCUGGUGGAACAGUUCGGCAAUAUCUGGCAUCAUAGUCGUGUGAGGAGGUACCUGGCGUCUGAGGAUUAUUCUAGCCCAGAAGCCAAGGGAAAACCGUGGUAUGGAUUGCUUAUGUUGUUGAGGAAAUAUCCAGAGCACUUUGUUAUCAACACAAGAUCAAAGGGACGGGUUGCGUUGGAGUUUGUUUCUCUCGUCUCGCUACUGUCGUGAGAACUUCUAAAUAUCCUCAGAAAUGUAAAAUAUAACUAUCUGGACCAUGAUAAAACUAAUAUUAUAACUCUAAUAUUGCAGUUGCUGUUUUUAAAAUCAUGGUGGUGACUUGUAAUCCUGUUCCGUAUUCUUAUAUGUCUACUUCGACUCACCUAAGCGUCUUGCUGCUUUUUUUAUGUCUCUUGUUUCACCUGGGGUAUUCGUUCUUGCAACCCCCAAGGUGUCAUGUGUAGGUAGGCCACCGAUGUUUUCAGGUCUAGAGUUCAGAUUUAUUGCAGUGAAUACACACUUGUAAUGUUUGAGCAUGGAAUUUUUGGUAAUUGUUUGUAGCAUGUGCCAUAUAUUACAUGUUUACAAUGAAAAAUCAAAAUAUGGAAUUUCGUU